UUGGUGGUGUCGUUUCCGGUGACUGACUCUCUGUUUCCAUUCUGGCAAAGUGGUUUGCUCUUUUCACUCUGCUUUGGGUGUUGAAGGAAGAUGAGCUUCUCACGGAGCCUCUCCUGAGCCUCUUGGCAGUUUCCCCCUCUGUGCCCCUCACGUUUCCACCAGAAGGCAGAGGCCAUAGAUUCUCCCUGAGCCACCUCACUUGGAAGCACCACGUCCGGAUGAGAUUGCACCUCCUGCAGCGGGCAUUAGCCACGUCCAGGUAGAACCAAACCUGUUGCUUUUGUAUGUUGGGUCAACUUGGCCUGACAUUUCAGAGGUAGACACAAGAUAGGCAGUUUGUUGUGGGGGUGGGGAGAAGUGGCAGACAUGCUGGCUAACUGAUUAUGAUUAAGAGAAACUUAGAAGCUGAAACCAGAGAGCAUCUCAAAGGUUCCUGAUACAAUGGAUGGUGUCACUCCAACCCUUUCGACAAUCAGAGGGAGGACCUUGGAGUCCAGCACUCUGCAUGUGACUCCCCGCAGCCUGGACAGAAAUAAAGACCAGAUCAGCAACAUCUUUUCUGGGUUCGCGGGACUCCUUGCCAUCCUCCUGGUCGUUGCAGUUUUCUGCAUCCUGUGGAACUGGAAUAAACGGAAGAAGCGGCAAGUUCCUUACCUCCGAGUUACCGUCAUGCCCUUGCUGACUCUGCCACAAAACAGACAAAGAGCCAAAAAUAUUUAUGACAUCUUGCCUUGGCGACAGGAAGACCUGGGGAGACAUGAGUCAAGGAGUAUGCGCAUUUUCAGUACUGAGAGCCUCCUCUCCAGAAAUUCUGAGAGCCCUGAGCAUGUGCCCUCCCAAGCAGGCAAUGCCUUCCAGGAGCAUAGAGCCCACGUCCAUGCCGUGGAGUACGCAGUAGGUAUCUAUGAUAAUGCCAUGGUCCCCCAGAUGUGUGACAGCCUCACUCCCUCAGCACGCUGCAUCAAUGUCAGAGCUUCCAGAGACUGCACAAGCAUUUCUUCAGAGGAUUCACAUGAGUAUGUCAAUGUCCCCACAGCAGAAGAGAUUGCUGAAACUCUAGCUUCUACCAAAAGCCCUUCCAGAAAUCUCUUUGUUCUUCCCAGUGCCCAGAAGCUGGAGUUUACUGAGGAAAGAGAUGAGGGCUGUGCAGAUGCUGGUGACUGCACCAGUUUGUAUUCUCCAGAAACUGAGGACAGUGAUUCACUCAGCAAUGGAGAAGGUUCUUCUCAGACCUCAAAUGACUAUGUCAACAUGACAGGGUUGGAUCUCGGUGCCAUCCAGGAGAGGCAGCUCUGGGUGACUUUUCAGUGCUGCAGAGACUAUGAAAAUGUUCCAGCAGCAGAUCCCAGUGGAAGGCAGCAGCAGGCUGAGAAAGAUGUGCCAUCCUCAAACAUAGGUCAUGUUGAGGACAAGACAGAUGAUCCAGGGACCCACGUCCGAUGUGUCAAAAGGACAUCCCUUGCUUCAGGGGAUUAUGCAGACUUUCAGCCAUUCACACAGAGUGAGAACAGUCAGAUGAAACAUAGAGAAGAGAUAUCAAAUGAGGACUCCAAUGACUAUGAGAAUGUGCUAACUGCCCAGUUAGGAGGCAGGGACUCUGAGCAGGGGCCUGGCACUCAGCUCCUUCCUGAUGAAUGAAGACCCAGAUACCCAGCCGUAAAGCCACAUCAAGUAGUCUAUCUUAUGGGAUAGAUUGGUGCAGACCCGUGAUCACCUUAGUGCUUCAGUGGAUUCACUGGUUAGAUUAAAAAGAGGCUGAGAUGAGCAGGGAACUAAGAGGCCACACAAAAGCAGAGGUUUGGGAAUUCCAGAAGGGAAUUCUUCUCAAGCAGUGUGUAGUUAUCUCCUGCACCAGCCUAAGAACGUUUGCUGAAACUGCUUCCUAGAACUGUGAGGAAAGCAGGAAAGUCGUGCACAGUACUCUAAGAUUAUUACCUUCAUUAAUACCAACAGGCUGCAAAGCAGGAGUAUAGAUUAUUGUAUAAUCCAGGUAGAGGUCAAAAGGAAGGAAGAAGUUGGAGUGGAGUGAGGUGGACAAUUUCCAUUUUAAAGAGUAUAGGCAGGCCAGGUGCAGUGGCUCAUGCCUGUAAUCCCAGCACUUUGGUAGGCCG